AUGCUUCUUGAAGAAGAUCCCGCAACACUCAUCCAACACACAAUCGGCAACUUCAACAUCCAACCCGACAAACUCGCCCUAACCCGCAUAAACGACUCCCUCUCCUCCCUCCAGCAAGCCCGCGACCUACGCACACGCGAAGCAGAAAUCUCACUCCGCAAACUCGCCCGCAACCUCAACACCUUAAACGCACAACACGCCGAAAAUGUCGCCUCGCACGAUCCCGCGCGCCAUGCUGCGUCCAUCGUAGAGCUGGAUACAAAGAAGUUCCGCAUUGCGAAGGCGGCAUCUGAAUUGGAGAUUGAGAGUGAGCGGUUGGAGGGGGAGUUGGAGAUGUUAAAGGCAAGAUUGGCGGAGUUGGAUGAGCAGGGGUUGGAGGGAGAUGAGUUGGCGAGAAGGGAGAGGGAGUUGGGUGAUUCGACUAUACUUCUGGCAAAGACUGACAAAAUGCUUGCGCCCAUCCGCACAUCAUCUAUAUUUUACAGUCUGCGUCUCAAAAUCUACCGCUCACUCGGUAUCGAUGUCGAAGCUGAUGAGGCAGGCAACUACAACAAAGCCAUCAUACGGAAUAGCCGCAAGGGGGACGUACACGUUGUCAAUAUCGAUCCUAAAUUCUCGCGGUUUUUCUACGCCAACUACUUCUGGCAAACCAUGCAAGGGUGA